GUGCCGGCCUUAUCCUUACUAUCCUUACGUUGCUAUGCUCGCCUUCUGCUCCUAAUUCAUUCCGCUACUCUUUUCUUUCGUCUAUUCCUCGGUUCUACCAGUGCAAAGAUUCCACCAUGUCUGAUCAAGAAGCUGCAGAAUUGGUGGACCCAGCAGUAGUCAUCAAGGAAAAGUGUAGCCAAACCAAGGAGUGUGCUGCCCUUUUGGAGAAGUUCAAUGCUUGCAAUGAUCGAGUAGCAAGCAAAUCUGCCACCACCGAGACCUGCGUGGAAGAACAAACAGACUUCCUUCAUUGUGUAGACCACUGUUUGGCUCCCCAGCUAUUCAAACAUUUGAAGUGAAGUGUUUGUUAGCGCAAUACCAAUUGUUUAUUAGUGUGGUAACAGAAACUGGAAAGCAUCGGAAUUUAAUGAUCAUCAUCUUGGCUGUAGAUUAUAAAUAGCAAAUAAAAGUUGCUGUUACAUACC